AUGUCUCGCAAGAGAACAUACCCAGGUGUGUCCCGGGGAUUUCAAUGGAAAUCAUGUGGGUGUGUUGACCUGAGUAUACCUAUCUCAGGUGCGAAACAAUUAGGUGCUCUUACCAUCUUAAAACAUCCAGAACCUACUCAAGAUGAACCAUCGUCCAAAGAUUAUGAGCAAGCCGAUCAAUUGUUUUUGUUGUUUAAUCAACUGUUAACUUCUGCAGAAAUACUAGUCGAUCAUAUUGUAACAUUGGAUUUUAAUGAAUAUGACGAUUGUAGUGCUGAUUACCAGGAAGAAGAUGACAAUGCUGUUGCAUUAAAUGUUGAUGGCAUAAAAUAUUCUUGUGAUACAAUAAAAGUCACAAAACUGGUAACCAAAAAUCAUUUGGAAGACCGAAAUGAAAUAUUAAAAUCCGCCGAACGUUUUGUCAAAACAGUAAAAAAUGCUAUUCCAGAUUAUGCUGAAGAUCAUAUAUUAAACAGCGACCAAAGCAGUUUUAACCAUGACAACCCAUCAACACGGACGCUAGCAACAACCGGUGAAAAAAUAAUUAAAGGCCACGUCAAAUCAAUGAAUGCUGCUACUCAUUCGUACACAAUUAUGCCAAUUAUUAGUAUGGCUGGAAAAUUAAUUGGGCCGGUUUUCAUAUGUUUACAAGAACCCACAGGAAAAAUCGGACCGCGUAUUAAGCAGUCUAUUUACCAAGCGAGCAAUAUUCAUGUUACGUGUAGCAAUUCAUUUAUUUCCGGCGAUUGUUUGCUAUUGAUAGACUCUUGGUCUGAUCAAACAGUUCCCAGUAUUUAUGAUGAUAUUUCAACUGAAAACAUCACUUGUAAGCAAAUACAGAUUCCACCAAAGACAACUAGAGAUAUUCAACCAUUGGAUCGCUAUUUCUUUCGACAAUGGAAAUAUUUGAAACAAAAAAUUUAUGAUCGCGUCGCAAUGGACCAAAUGGACAUUGAUAUCUGUUCCAGAAACUGCAUUUUAAAAAGGCAUUGUUUGAUACAUAACCAGUUUGCAGCUAAAAGGUUUUCACCUUUGAUCAAAUAUGUCUGGUAUUCACGUGGUUAUAUGUCAAAAGAUCCUGGUCAUUUUGAUAGUGUACACGAUAGUCCGGCGGGACCGGGUUUUUUGAUCCCGAACCCGGUUGUACUCAGUUUAAAUGAUACCCGUCCCGACCCCGAUCCCGGUCAAUUGGGACCUCGGGUUCCCGAUCCCGAUCCCGAUUUCUAA